AUGGCUUCCUCAGACUCUCUCCUCUUCACACCCUUAACUAUCGGCAAAGUGGAGCUUGGUCAUCGAGUUGUACUAUCCGCCCUCACGCGACUUCGUGCCAAUAAAAAUCAUGUUGCAACGGAUCUAAUGAAGGAAUAUUACCUUCAACGCGUUUCCAUGCCAGGAGGCCUUAUUAUUGCCGAAUCCGCCUCAGUAGCUAAACAUCACGGUGGCAUGUCUUAUACUUCGGCUAUCUGGGGCGAAGAGCAUGUACAGGGAUGGAAGCCUAUCGUAGAAGCCAUCCACAACAAAGAUGGCUCUAUGUAUCUCCAACUUAUGGCAUUCGGAAGAGCUGCCCAGCCUUCAGCCGCUGAAGAAGACGAAUUUGCGAUCAAAGCACCCAGUGCCAUUCCGUUCGAGGGUGGUGCAGUACCUGAAGAAAUGACCAAAGAGGAUAUAAAGAACACUAUCAAAGAUUACGUCAAAGCUGCCAAAAACGCCAUGCGCGCGGGUUUCGACGGCGUCGAGCUAUACGCUGCCAAUGGCUAUCUUCUCGAUCAAUUUAUUCAAGAUGUGAGCAACCAGCGGACAGAUGAGUACGGCGGCAGCAUCGAAAACAGAAAUCGAUUGGUAAUAGAAAUUGCCCAAGCUGUCUCCGACGCUCUUGGAGCAGAGCGUGUCGGUAUUAAGCUGAGCCCAUGGUCUGAAUUCCAGGGCAUGCGGAUGAAAAAUCCAAUCCCACAAUUCACAGACCUCAUUCGCCGUCUCAAGGACGUUGGCCUUGGCUACUUGAACUUGAUCGAGUCUCGCGUUUCGGGGAUCGACUACACAGAUGGUACGGAGAAGCUUGACUGGGCGUGGGCGCCCUGGGAUAAAGUGAUUAUUGCAACUGGUGGCUAUCUGCCAGAGACAGCACUGGCGUUGGUGGAGGGGCACAAGGACAAGAACAUUGUGGUUGCAUUUGGAAGGCGAUAUGUGGCUAACCCUGAUCUGCCAUUCCGUAUUCAGAGAGGACUUGAAUUAAACCCGUAUGACCGCAGCUCAUUUUAUAAGGUGGGCGCCCCAGAGGGACUUGUUGAUUAUCCAUUCAGUAAGGAGUAUCUAGCGUUGCAAAAUUAA